UCCAUCGUGAAACUUUGUAUUCGACAGAAUUUUUUAGUGUAGUUAUAGAUGAGCGAUGCUUCUAUAAAAUUAGCAAAAAAUGCAAUUUUAAAAGAUAUGCAUUUGAUGCAUUAGCCUGUAACUCGUCAUGGAACCGCACGCUGGCCGCCUGCUGUUGCUGCUGCUGGUCGUCCAGCUUGCUGUCUGUUCUCCUGAUGCCGAAGCCGAAGCUGAGAAGUUCCUAAACCAAGAAGGCAGAAGUCACUCUAAUAACUGGGCGGUGUUGGUGGAUACCUCGCGCUUCUGGUUCAACUACCGCCAUGUUGCCAACGUCCUCUCCAUGUACCGCUCCGUCAAGCGGCUCGGCAUCCCUGACAGUCAGAUCCUGCUGAUGGUUGCGGACGACAUGGCGUGCAACCCGCGCAACCCCAGGCCCGCCACGGUGUUCAACAACGCGCACCAACACAUCAACGUCUACGGUGAAGACGUUGAAGUUGACUACCGCGGCUACGAGGUGACAGUGGAAAACUUCGUCCGCCUGCUGACAGGUCGCCUGUCGCCGUCCACACCUCGCAGCAAACGUUUGCUCACAGACGACGGUAGCAACGUCCUCCUCUACAUGACCGGCCAUGGAGGAGACGGGUUCCUCAAGUUUCAAGAUUCCGAAGAGAUCACCAACGUCGAGCUGGCUGAUGCUUUCGAGCAGAUGUGGCAGAAGAAAAGGUACCACGAAGUUCUGUUCAUCAUAGACACGUGUCAAGCGGCCAGCAUGUACGAGCAUUUCUAUUCCCCUAACAUCCUCGCCAUCGCAUCCAGCCUCGUAGGGGAAGACUCGUUGUCGCAUCACGUGGACCCCGCCAUCGGCGUGUACAUCAUCGACCGCUUCACCUUCUACGCCCUCGAGUUCCUGGAGCGCGUCACGCCCGAGAGCGCCCACACGCUCGAGCAGUUCUUGUCGGUGUGCCCAAAGCACAACUGCAUCUCGUCAGUGGGAGUGCGUCGCGACCUCUACCGACGAGACCCCAAGCGAGUGCUGGUCACGGAGUUCUUCGGCUCCGUCAGGAACGUCCUGCUAACCUACCACGUCCUUCAGCUGCCCCGCCUCCUGCCCAACGACACACUACCGCAAACUUGUUCGUCGUCUUCAGCUGGCGAUGUUACAGGCGAAAGCCUCUCCUUCGCCCACCAGCUCCCCAUACCAAAAGCCUCCUGAGCUCCGAUAACCACCGACGGCACGACGUCGUCUGCUCUACUGCAGAAGUAAUGAGCAUGUGUGUUUUGCAUAGCACCUUGUUACUAUGCAGUUUUUAUUAAGGUGAAGAAAGUUACGCUGUUUUAGAUUCCUAAUAAUCAGCGGAACUUUCUGCAAAUGGAAUGGACAGUCCGGUUCCACAUUCUGAUCUCUCGUGUGCUAAUAGUUGUAGGAUAGCUUGCUGGCGCUUCAGCUAUAAAGGUUUUCGUAGCGGAGGUCAAAAAUUUGCAUUGCCUCUUGUGUGCUAACUACUCUUGACUUUUUAUAAGGCGAUUAUUAUAGUUGAUUUUUAUUUUCGUGAUUAUGGUGGACAGAAGUCGAAGCGUCAUCACAAAACCUUUUUUUUCAAACUUUUAAAUCGAACUGUUUUAACGUAACGCGAUUCGCGAGUCAGAUUGAUCUUUUUUAUGCUUCUCUACUUUUUGUGAUAAAAUUUCGAAUAAGUUCAGUUCAUUUCAGUGCACAUUUUGUGCGAAUUUCCUCAUUUUUACCGCUCAAGUUGAAAAUUUGUUUCCAGCGCAGAUUUUGAAUAGUUGCCUGGAUUGAGUAUGUAAUUAUGCUGGUUAUUUCAAAGGUUUGUGAAGCAUUCCAAUUGUCACGGCAAUACCUCAUGAUCAUUCUAAGCGAUGUCUAGUCUUUGUUGCCUUUGUCCCAAUAUUGUUAAUGGCAAGGAGUUUGAUAUGUCCUGUUCCAAAACGCGCCUAGAAUUAUGGUUACGGUGGUGUGCACAAAAUGCGACAUCCCUUACAACUGAACAUGAAUGAACAAUUGAAUUGAAAAAUUAUUUUCAAGCCUCCACUCAUCUUCUUAUUCCUUGUCUAAACAAUGAAAUCACGCAGAAGUUAUGGCCCCUUAGACGCUGUGAAUUAAAGGUCGCAAUUAAUGCCAUUCCUGUUUGAUUACGACACCCAGGAGGUCAAGGAAGUAAUUCCAGGCCAAGUAAUUGGCUGUAGGUUGUCUGGAAAGUUUUAAUCAUAUACAUAUACUCGCAUGUCAAUGUAUCAAGAAUUGUAUAUAAGUAGCAUCCUAAGCGAGACGAGCACGAGCAUCUACUUUUUAUCUCGUUUUGAGCAGCGCAAGUCAGGAUGAGGAAAGGCAGGGUGAAGAAAACAUCGGUCACAGGAAAAUUAAGUGUAUUUAAUAUCACUUGAAAUGUUUCAGGUGCCGGAGCGAUUAUUUGUAUGUUUGCUUUCCAGUAAAGUUUGCUUUCGCUCGUAUCGUAGCAGGCUCUUCUGCUCACGAUACUAGCAACGUUUUUCUUGAGUUGCUUCACACGUUUCCGCGAGAUAAAAGGUUAUUACUGUUUU